AUGCUCCCCGCCGACGCCCUCCCCGACCUUCUCGAGUCGCUCCAGGCCUGCGACGCCGCCGAGUCGGCCCUCAGCUCGGCCCGUCACUUUCUCGACUCCACCUACGCCGACCCCUCGGGCUCCCGAGCCAACUCGCGUGCCGCGACGCCCUUGUUUGUACGACCUCGUGCCCCGUCGCCGAGCCGAGUCCCGGCCGCCGCCCCUCCCGUGCCCGCCUCCGGCCCGGCGAGCCCCCGGAGCGUGAGGCUCGUCCGCGAGCUCGAGCAGAAUCUCGACCUCGGCGAGCGCUAG